AUGAGUGACGACGAGGAAUCGAAAAAAUCCGGAUACAGGCUAGAAGUUUCCGCUAACAAUAGGGCUGCCUGUAAAGGGCCGAAACCAUGUACUGGAACCAAAAUCCUUAAAGGCGAAGUGCGUUUGGGAAGUUUAGUGGAUUUUAGGGGUCACACUACAUGGUCAUGGAAACAUUGGCGAGUAAUUUCGGGCUGCGCCUCGAAAAAAGUAAUUGAAAAUAUGAAGAAAAAGCAUCCGGAUCCAGAAGAUAUUGACGGGUACGAAUACCUAAACCCCACACAACAGGCUAAAAUUAGAACUGCCUGGGAGACUGGACAUGUUGCCGAUGAGGAUAUCCCUCCUUCCGCUCGCAAACCGGAAGGGGAGGGUGGGGAUGAAGAGGAAGAGGAAGAGGAAGAAGAAACGGGAAAGAAGAAGAAGAAGAAAGCGCCUGCGAAGAAGCGAACCGCAAAGCAGGACGAGGUGAGGGACGAUGACGUCGAGGCGAUCGCUCAUAUUUAA